GAUUUGUAGAAAAAUCUUUCUCUCUUUGAAAAUGAUCUAUUGGCCUUUUACAUGAAUUCAAUUAAAUAACUGAACUUUAUUUUUAUAGAAAUUCAAAAUUCUUUUACAGCAGUAAUAAUUAUGAAGUCAUCACUUGAAAGUUUUGGUGCUCUUCCAAUGCUAUUGGACAUGAGCACCGAAGAGUGCCUGGGUGCUCUUCGUUCACGAGAGUUGUUGGCUUACAGCCACAUGGUUGGUGUGUUUCGCGCACAAGGGGAGCUCAGCAAAGAGAAACGUAAAAUUCUUAGUGAAAUCCAGCACUUGCUUGGCAUCACUCCUGAGAGACACAAGGCUGAAGUGCGCAGAGCUGUGAGCGAUGAAAUUCUCUACACCAUUGCUCACAGACUUUGUGGUGGCAAUACACAGGCCGAUUGGGCAAUAGAAGCUCGGCGGCUGGUGCCCCUAUUACCAAGAGCUAUUCCUCAGAUUGCUUACACAGCAUAUGCUACAAAAAUGGCACAGCAAUAUUUCAAGAUGAAUAUGAGUAAGCCUCAGCCAUCAGAGACAGGCCAAUACUUGCAAACUGAGGAUUUUGGUCGCAGCUCUGAUUCUACCGAGAGUGAUAACGAAACAGAAGGUUUGCGGUACCUCACUGAUGACAUGAUGCCUUCCAAGCUGCAACGCCACCAUCGUGCCAAGAAGAAAAAGUCUAAACGCAGAAACAGCGCCGGUCAUACACGCAUGGUCAGUCUCAAUCCUGCUGCUGAGCCUGCUGCUGCCUCCCACAAAGGUUCUGGACACAGCUCCACGAAGACGUACAUAGACCCACCUUCUCCAGACUCCAGGAAACGGCGAAGAUCUUCAUCUCUGGAGCACAUUGUCCCCCCCAGCGUACCCAUACUGACGCCCCAGUCCCCACCUAUGCCACUGCAAACUCCAGGACCUGGUGGCCCUGCUGAGCCAUUCGACACGCCUGGGGCCUUCGAAGAUGGGGACCCUGAGGCUGAUAUUGGGCCUCCAUUGGCAAAGCAGCAGAUUCGCGCUUCUGCCAAAAGCGGCCCGUCGGCUCGGCAAGCUAUUCCAACAGCACCGCCACCUCCUCAGAAGGUGAUACUCGUGUCUACGUCAGUGGCGAGUGGUAACUCGGGAGGCGGCAACCGUGUUCAGAAAAGCAGUGCAACUGUCGCAAGUUCAGCUGCUGUGCCCUCAACUGCUGCUGCUACCCGCGUUCCUGCUGCUGCAGGACGACCUGUUCUGCAGGCCACGACGUCCUUACGUCCUGCUAACCCUACGCCUGCCCCUGUUGGGGGUGUGGCCGCGCCUGCUCAGGUUGUGCAGCCCAGCAGACCUGUGCCUCAACAACAGCAGAUCCAAUAUACUGGUGUGGGCGCUCAGGCAGGACCUCAGCCUGCAUUAGGAGGGGGCGUGGUCAUGACCCGCGUGAGGCCUCGCUUAUCUGGGCCUAGCCCCCUGCCCUCUAAAUGUGGCCCUCAUCGUCCCUUCAGACCAGGCUCUCUCCACCCUGACGGCUAUGAAGCGACUGGUGGACCUGGCUUCCCUCAUUCUGUGAUGCCGCAGGCUCCUGCAGUCCAGGUCCGUGCUGGGGGUGGCGCGGUUGCCAAUCCCCCAGUUUUGUCGUUGCCACGCCCUCUGACCCCCGCCAACUGGUCCUCAGACGGCGCCCCUGCCUGCACUGUCAUGAACAGACUCGUCGCUACAGGCAGGCUCAUCACACGACCUGCCCUCGUCCACACCACCACCGCCCCAACACCGGCGCACCCUCCACACCAACACGUUAUUGCUGGCACAGCCACUGCAGUUUAUCAUCAACCAUCUUCCGUACAUCAUCAUACACAUCCGGUGCAGCAUCAAACUCAACACGUUGUGCAGCAUCAACCGAACACACUGCAGCUACAACCUCAGCAACAAGUUUUAACUUCAACUCAGUCACCACCACCACAACAACCACCCAACAUGUUCGUGGUGACCACCAACUCCAGCACCAUAACGGUGGUGACGCGCACUGUCGCUGCCCCGCAUCCAGUUAUGAACACCUCGAGCGUGACGCAGCAGCGCGUGGUGACGCUCAGUGGAGGCCGGCCAGCAGUUGCAGGAGGACCCGCCCUGCAGCGCCACAGCAGCGUCUCCGCCCCUAGACCUCCCGCCAGGGGUGGCCCCGGUGGAUCGAGCUUUAGCUACAUCAGCGGCAGCUCGGUGCGCAGCGUGCAUAUAAGCGCAGGGCAACCGCGUAGCUCCAGUGCGGCCACGGCCAUCAUCGGGAGAGGUGGUGCUGCGCUACGCUCCCCAGCUGGACGAGGUGUUGCGACCAGCCUAUCGGCCAGGGGUGGUGGUAAUGCUCGGUCUGCUAUUCAAACGGUGCGAGUGCCUCCAAAGACACCUGUUGUUGGCUCCACUGUUAGUGCUGUGGUUGGCAAUACCGUGAGUGGUGUGAUUGGCAACACUGCAAGUGGUGUUGCUGGCAACACUUUGAGUGGUUUGGGUGGCAACACUGUGAGUGGUGUCAAGAGUAGUGCCGUUGUGAGCAGCAGUGUAGUUGGUGGUAUCAAGCCAAGCGGUGUCAAGAGUGGUGUUGUGAGUGGUAUAAAGACGAGUGGUUUAGUGAGUGGUGGUGUCAAAGCAAGUGGCGUGGUGGGUGGCGGCAAGAGUAACGUCAUCGUGGUGCACAGAGGAGCUCAGAUCACGCCACGACCUCAUGCUACGUACCCCGCAGCUCCAAGGGACAUCUCGACGAAGAUCACAAUAGGGAAGACAAGUGGGGUGCUCCCGGCACGCGGUGGGGCCGUAAGUGGGGGCAGCAAUCCUGGGGCUGGAGUGGGGCCAUCACGCCAGCCUUCUUCACUCUUGAAGUCCUCGCUGCAACUGCCCAUCUCCAGCAAACCUGGCACUCAUUUAUCAAGUUUAUUCACUGGAGACCAGCGCCAUUUUGGAGGACGCACCACGUCCCCCUCGUCCACCCUCGACCCCGGGGCGUCGUCCCUGGGGCACCGCAAGCUGGACGACGACUCUGAACACGACGCCCACCUCUCGGACGACUCGACCAGCAGCGGCGACGAUGUCACCAUCGCAACAUCUGGGGGCGCUAGCGCCGGUCCCGGCUACCAGCGACGACCUUCUUCGUCACUUGGUGGAAUAUCAACGAGCCUGUCGCGGAGCAAUUCUCCUCUACAGCGGCUCCUGCCUUCUGCUGCGAGCCGCACCUCGUCCGCUGAUGAUGCCCAUCUAUCCUACUCCGUUGACAUGAAUGAUGCUGAUCAAUCAUCAGUGAUGCGCAGACACUCCUCCCACCAAGCUUCUGUAAGCUACGCUUCCGCACCAGACGGUUCCACAUCGACGGCAGAAAGUACCACAGGGAACGCAGAAAGUAGCACAGGGAACGCAGAAAGUACCACAGGGACGACAGAAAGUACCACAGGGAACGCAGAAAGUACCACUGGGAUGACAGAAAGUACCACAGGAACGAGGGUAUUUUCCCAGGGGAGCUUCUCGUCCGCAGACGGCGGACCCACACUGGAGCUGAGCGAGGACUGGAUACCUGUGGGCGACUCUUCAGAGCAUCUCCUCGGAGACGAGCGAGGAGUGGCUGUGGUGAAUGCUUCUAAUAACCUCAGGGACGGCCGCUGGCUUGAGGAGGCGAUGGAAGUUCUGGGCCGUGGUGACAAGGAGAGCGCACGGUCACUUCUGCUCCAGGCUGGCAUUGAAUUUCUAGAUUCACCAGCUGAUGCUGGAUCAGGUGCCGCUGCUGCUGCAGCUGAGGCAAUCGAGGCAUCAGGUGCAUCUUUCGAGACAUCAGGUGCAUCCUUCGACCCUACCGGUGCAUCAUUCGACACCACAGGUGCAUCUUUCGAAACAUCAGGUGCAUCUUCCAAGGUAUCAGAUGGCAGGGGUGGUGCCAUUAUGCAGCCUACAACUGGUGACACUAUCAGCGAAGCUCAUGCUGACACGGAAGACACAGCGAGUAGCGAGACGAGUUCCAACGAAGAUGAGGAGCCGAACAAUUCAGAAAAUCCUACGAAAAUUCAAGCUAGUGUCUCAGAGAUGUCGGGGCCUAACGAAGGCGGGGUUCGAGGCUCCCAUGGGCUCCCUACAUCGCCUCCACCAAUGCCCAGCACCGUAUCGUACAACGGAGACUCGGACGACGAGGAACCCCAGCGCAUGGGUCCCAGCAGCAGCAGAGUGCAUGUGGUGCCUUCUGCAGCUGGUGCCCCCCACCUGGAUCCCACCACGGGGUACUUCCUCACCACUUCACCACUCUCAGGUUCCUCGUGUGAUGCCGCGUCUAUGCGCGACACUGAAGAAGACGACAACGAGUAAGAAGAGCACGCUUCUGGUGAGGCUGCAGUCGCAUUGAACUGAUGUCCCUGGUCGACGAUAAUACUAAAAUUAUGCUAGCAACAGUUGUGAACGUGUAUAUGCUAAGCAGUUCGUGUAGCCGACUCUGUAUUUUUUGUGUCUCUUUGAUUACUGCAACUGUCAAAACCGUCUUGUUACUUUUAAAAAUUAAUGACAUCAUCAUGUUAUUCUUAAGUUGUAUUUAAUUCUCGCGUAGAUUAUUUACCCUAUUGAGUCAUCUUACAAAAAUGUGUUAUUCGAAUUCAUUAUUACAAGAUUUUCCGAUAAAUCACCCGUAUUUGGUCUGGCGUGUUACCUAUUUUUCCAAAGACAAGCAUCCGUUUAGAAGCAUUGCCUCUUAAAAUUCCUAUUUUAAAUCUCUUGUGUUUAUCAUUCUAUGAAAAACAUUCUAUUAUGAUCUGUUAUAAUAUCUUAAUUUGUAAUCAUCGUCUAAUAAUAUUAUUUAUACCAACAUGUCGCGGUUCUUUACUUUUAGUUUCGCAAUUAACAUUUGCUGAAGCUUGCAAUUUCCAUCUCUCCAAUUGUUACAAGGAACCCUCUCGUGAUUUUUUUUUGUAAUAUCUAAGUAUUCAUGAGUGCAUCUAACACUCUUCUGUUAAUUAUAUUAAUUUCAAGAUAAACGUAUCUCUCUAUUCUUAUCCAUGUUAAAAGUUUCUGUAAUGUGUUCAAAGCAUUUGUCUUGAAACUUUUAUGAGAUUUAUUUGCUAUCUUUAAAAGCUGUAACUUUCAUAUUUAUGAGUAACCGAACUGUUGUACCUAUUUUCCUUGCAAUUGCUGCUGCAAAGACUUGAGAUUGUUUUGUUGUUAUUUUUUUUUUUAAAGAAUGAACUUGGAAAAAAUCUUGUGGCCGGGAAUCUAAUAUAAUAAAUUAUUAAUUUAUCUUCAUUUGCUCCGUUUAAACACGCCCCGAACAAAUUUUGUACUUGUGUGCCAUUAGGCUUUGUUACAAUUACGUGAAUUAUGAAAUUUUCAUUAUUUAAUGUAUUCCAAUGGUUCUCUGCACUAUUUAAACUUUCACAGAAUACAUAUUGAUAUAAUAUUAGAAUGAGACACUUGCUUUAAUUCUGGUCAAACUUAAGUUGGCGGUCCUUAUUCAAGUUAUUGUGUAACGUUGUGCUGUCUAUUGAGUAUGACUAAUUUCAGGCAUUAAUUUGUAAAAUAUUUUUCGAUAGAUGUGCUGAAAGCAAAUAUUCUCUAGCUUAAUUAAAAAAAUUCCAAUCUUGUACUUAUCUCCCAAGACAUCAUAAUUAGAAAAUACUGAAAAAAAAUUCACAUCUAUUACUGAAUUUGAGGGAAAAAUAUGAAAUAUAGUUAGGCAUCAAAUCAAUGCUUAUAAGCCGCUUACACUUUCAGGUAUGAGCCUGCACCACGGAGUUUCCUAUCCCCAAUUGCAAGCGGUGCUUGUCAUGGGAAGAUAGGUUAGACACGAAGACCUUCUUAUUAAAUCCUGGCUGGUUUUGGCCGUUGUUGGGAGUGGAUUUGGCCGUUUUCUCGUGCCAGCAUCUGGCAAUCCUGGUGCAGGCUCAGCCCGAGCUCAGCCUUUUUAGGCUGCGGGCCUGCAACAA